AACCGUACGUAAGUGGUGCGUCCGUGCGUUACGGCAAUCCCGAGUCCCCGUGACCGGUUAUUUCUGGCCCGGGGGUGGGUGAAACGGCGGUAAAAAAAAUCCCAUUGUAAGCGACUUUGUCGUAGUGUUUUUUUAUCGACGAUUAAAGAUAUGUCAGCUGCUGGUUCCAGCGGAUCAGGCAGGGGCAGAGGCGGACAAGCAGCGGUCGGUGACCAAAAAGACUCAAAAGAAACGAAACCGAACCCAAAAAUGUCGAAAGCUUUAGGCACGUCCGCGAAACGCAUCCAGAAGGAACUGGCCGAGAUCACUUUGGACCCGCCGCCGAACUGCAGCGCCGGCCCCAAGGGGGAGAACUUUUACGAGUGGGUGUCCACCAUUUUGGGCCCCCCGGGGUCCGUCUACGAAGGUGGAGUGUUCUUCCUCGAUAUCCACUUUUCGCCCGAGUACCCCUUUAAGCCCCCCAAGGUCACUUUUAGGACCAGGAUUUACCAUUGUAAUAUUAACAGUCAGGGGGUGAUCUGUUUGGAUAUUUUGAAGGACAAUUGGUCUCCGGCCCUCACUAUUUCCAAAGUGCUGUUGUCUAUUUGUUCCUUGCUGACCGACUGCAAUCCUGCUGAUCCCUUGGUGGGUAGCAUAGCGACUCAAUAUCUGCAAAACCGCGACGAGCACGACCGCAUAGCCCGGCUCUGGACCAAGCGGUACGCCACGUGAUUCGCUCGUCGCCGCGCGCCACCCGUCAGCACCCUCACGAAAAAAAUUUCAAUUCAGAAGUGGGAUCCUCUUUAAUUUUAAUUUAACGUAAUCCGUGUUUUUUCUUUGUCCGGUAGCCAGACGGGGCAAAAAACACACACUACUUAAACUGUAGGGAUUUUUAUUUGUACGAUAAGAAAAUUCUCAUAAGGUGUAAAACGUGUUUUUUUUUUUGUAUUAUUCGCAAAUUUUUAGUCGUAGGGCCCCCUCGUAUUAUAUAUAAAGGGGGCGAAAAGAUCUUCCUUCGGUUAUCGUUUGUUUGGUGUUUUUCAGUCGGACAGGGAAAUGAGGAGCCGGGUUAUAAUGCGCUCCUCAUUUUAGUCGUCGUUGCUUCAAUAGGCUCCUCAUUUUUAUUGUAAUAUGAGAAGCAUGCAGGUCAUAAUAAUCGUUCACUUUUAAAAUGCUCCUCAUUUUUUUUUCUUAACUCUGUAUGGAAAUGAGGAGCGUUUUUAAGGGUUAAAAUCAAAAAAAUUUCUAGUCAUAUUCCGCUGGAAUUAAUGCCCUUUGGUUCUUAUUCUGACCGACUGAAAAAGACACCCUUUGACGGUUCUAUAAUACCCCCAUCCAACCUUUCUACUUAUUUAAUAGAUAGUGGCCAAAUAAUAAGGACUUUGGUAUUUAUUUGGUUUUCCAAGUUCCUGCUGGUGAUCGAGUCGCAAAAAUAGCUGCUAGGGCGUAACUCUUUUGUUUUUUUUUAAUUAAUUAAUUAAUUAAUUAAUCGAUGAUUGUCACGUGCAAUUUCGCCAGCUUCGCCGAUUUUAUAUUGCGAAUGUUCUGCAAUAAGAAUUCGAACUACUCGUUUAAACUUGUGUAAAGUGAUUUUUAAUUUUAAUUUUUUUUUUAACGUUUAAGAGAUAAUGGACUAUUCUUCUAGGUACUGUUUAGUUUGUAACGAUUACUGUAAUAAUAAUAAUAAUAAAACAUUUUUUGAGUACGGAA